AUGCCUGAUAUGAAUCGAGUGAAGGCUUUGGUGAUGAACUCGAAAGCUGUUCAGGAUGCUACUCACAGCAAAAAGUUGAAGGCUGAGGCGGCGGCGAUGCUGGACCGUAUUAUGGGCAACCAGAGGAGUGACAUCUUACGAGCAUUUGUCAUCGUAUUGCAUCGCGUAUUCGUUUCGAUAUACGACAGAGUACUUGUCAACCACGAUGGUCUGGAGAAGCUGAAAGAGCUGAAUAAACGUGGUGCCAAGGUGCUCCUACUACCGACGCAUAGGAGCUAUAUCGAUUUCCUAGUUCUCAGCUACAUUUGCUUCUAUGCCGACAUUCGGCUACCUUUUAUUGCUACCGGAGAUAACUUCUUUUCCAUCGUGGGAAUAUGGAAGAUACUGCAGCAUUCAGGUGCAUUCUUUAUGAAAAGAUCUUUUAACAGCGAGACUCAUCCUCUGUACUCGAUUGUUUUCAAGACCUACAUACAGGUCAUCCUCGAGGAGCAAGGGUGUGUUGAGAUGUUCAUCGAAGGAGCUCGCUCUAGAAGUGGGACGAUGAUCCGCCCUCCCAAGGUUGGCCUUCUGAGAUUUGCUACGGAAUCUGCUGUUCAUAAUGCGAUGAACGCUACCUCGAUGGCUAACUUUAUAGAUGAAGAGGAUGUUUAUCUCGUGCCGAUUUCUAUCGGUUACUCCAGAGUGAUGGAGGUAGACUCCCUCGCCACCGAGCUGGAAGGCCGAGCCAAGGUCGCUGAAAGCCUCGCCCGAACCGUUUCAGCACUACGUUAUUUAUCUAUGAACUUUGGAACUUUGACGGUUCACAUCGAUCCUCAACCGAUUCGAGUCAGCGAUGUUGUAAAACGUUGGAAGGACGAUCAGAAAAGUAAACACUCUCCUCCUUCCGGGCUGAAGUGUCAUCAAUAUUAUACCACUCCAUUUCAACAACUCGCUGAGGAAGUGGCUGAUCGUUUGGAUGCCAACAUGCCUAUUCACACCACUCACUUGGUGGCUGCAAUUUUGCUGUGGAAACGACACGACUCGUCGCCUGCUGUAAGUCACCCUGUGAUGGUGGAGAAAGUGAGAUGGCUCUGUGGUAUAUUGAGGAAAAAUGGUGUAACGGUUAUACUCGACGACAACAAUACCUCCUCAGCUGUCUCCCGCGUGGCUUCCCUCUACGUCGAUCAUGUCGUCAUAUCUGCGCCCGAGGAGGAGACCGGUGAAGUGAAAUACUCGGUAUGUCCUACCAACCCGCUGUUCGCCACACUUCUACUCAGCUACUAUCGCAAUCAGCUAAUCUACCGUCUCGGUCACGAGGCCUGUCUAGUCUUAGCUGGUGGUGAUCCCAACAAGCUGGCCUUCCUUCGCGAGGAACUACUACUAGAAUGCAUUCCCCUGGUCAACCCACACGAAACCGCUAUAGAGUCCGCUGAGCUCAAAGACUUCGCGGUGUCCCUCAUAGGACCAGUCGUGGAGUGCUGGUGGAUCGUAGCUCUUCUUGCAUGCAGCCACGGAAGGCCUUGGUCUGCUACUCUCAAUGAACUGGUCUCGUCAGCAUCGACUUUGGCUAAGGAUAUGUUCGCGGAGGGCAAGUGUGUGUAUUUGGAGGCGUGCUCUUUUGACUUCGCAAAGAAGGCAGUUCGAGGAAUGGAAAAACGAGGAUGCCUAGUGGUGAAUGGUAAGAGUCUCCACGUUGUAUUCGAGAAGAUGCAUGAGCUCUUGGCUCUGCUGCAGUCCAUAAAAGAGUGCCCAGCUCUUCCCCAAACCAGAACACUGUCGAACUCCUCAGAGGCAUCCUGUGGGGUUGAAGAGAAGCCACCACAGAGGAGAUUCUUCACUCAACUCCGCGGGAUGACCCUUGCUAGGCCCCUAAGCCGCUCUGCUGGCACUUCCAAGAUGUGAUGGCCAUCGGCUGGAUGUCGAGCUGGUCACGCUCUUUGAGGGAGUUGUUAUCAUAUAUUCGUUUGUCUUUUUGUCAUGGU